CCAGAAAAUACAGGUGUUUAUUAACAAUUGUCUACGCAAAAUACUUCAGAUCCAUUGGCCGGACACUAUUAGCAACAACAUACUGUGGGAGAGAACAAAGCAGAUUCCAAUGGAGGACGAAAUCAGGAAGAAGCGCUGGAAGUGGAUAGGACACAGAUUGAGGAAAGCACCCAACUGCGUCACAAGACAAGCUCUCACAUGGAAUCCUCAAGGCCAAAGGAAAAGAGGAAGACCGAAGAACACAUUACGCCGGGAAAUGGAGAUAGACAUGAGAAAAAUGAACAAGAAUUGGAUGGAACUAGAAAAGAAGGCCCAGGACAGAGUGGGUUGGAGAAUGCUGGUCUGCGGCCUAUGCUCCAUUGGGAGUAACAGGCGUAAGUAAGAAAGUAAGUAAGUAACAUAUACAAGGGAACACAAAUAAUGUUGAAUGUACACCAUGUAAGUGUACAUGACACAUUGGUUAUUCAACAUUUUCUCAAUGAAUUGUUAGAUACAAUCAUUGGCUUCGUCGAAUCCGUUUCAACGAAUUGCAGUUGCAGUUAAACUACGAUGGUCUAAGUUUGUUCAAAAGCUCUAACCAACAGCUGUGGCCGAUCCUAGGUCGUAUAGUAGCUCCACUAGUUAGUAGUGUUUUCGUAGUUGGGAUCUACGGUGGUGAAGUAAAACCAUCUGAUUUCAACGACAUGUCAGCAACACUUAUAACAGAGUUACAGGAGUUGCUGACAGUAGGUAUUAAUGUAGAUAAGUAUCACUUACAUUUAACAGUUAAAUUAGUUGCUGUUAUUUGUGACGCUCCAGCUCGCAGCAACGUCAAGUACAUUGUGGGACACAAUGGUAUCGCUGGCUGUGACAAAUGUCAGGUCUUAGGGACGCGAAUGGGUGGUCGAAUGACUUUCCCCAAUGGUGAACACGACUUAAGAAGUGAUGUCACUUUUCGUUGUAGGUCCCAAUCUAUCCAUCAUCGUGGCAGAAGUUCAUUUGAAAAUCUGCCAGUGGAUAUGAUUAAAUGUUUCCCUUGUGAACCCAUGCAUAUGAUAUAUUUAGGUGUUACCAAAAAAAUUGUUUCAUUAUGGAAGGAGCUAGCUCUUAAGCGACUUAAUAGGAUGGAUCAAUCAAUUAUCGCAUCAAUAAAUGAUGCACUAGACUUAUGUAGACAACACACGACAUGCGAUUUUCAACGGAAAUGUCGUUCACUUAAUGAAGUUUCUGUAUGGAAAGCAACUGAAUGUCGGUUGUUCUUAUUAUACUUAGGACCUGUAGUUCUUCAGAAUAGGUUACCAUUAUCAAUGUACAGAAACUUCCAGUCACUCUCCUUGUCUAUUUAUUUAUUAUCGCACCCUAAGUUUCAUAGCAUAUUCGCUAACAGUGUUAGGGUUUACAUUAAUAACUUUUUAUUAGGUUACGAAAGGUGUUACGGUACCGAACACUUAAUCUACAAUGUGCAUAGUUUAAAGCACAUUGCAGACGACGUUAUGGAACAUGGUACUUUAGAAUCGUUCGCAGCAUUUCCUUUUGAGUCCUACAUGAGAAAAAUUAGGCGUUCAGUACACUGUGGAUUCGCCGUGGCUAAACAAGCCGCACAGCGAUAUGCCGAAGAAGUUUACUUUCAAAGUAUACUGAAUCAGGAUAUGGCUGACAAUGUCACUGAACCUGAGGUAACUGAUAAUUCUUCCAAGCAAAUGGUCAGUUACAGGAACUCAAAGCUAUCUACUUCAAGGCCGGACAAUGUAGUUAUUGCCAAAGGUAGACCAGGGUUCGUAACAGAAAUCCGUGAUGGAGGUCUUAUUAGGUUCCGGCCAUUUCAUAGUCCUUCUGAUUUGUAUACUGACCCUUUUCCCUCCAGUAGUAUUGGUAUGUUUAAGUGUUCUACCUUAAGCCACGAAUGCACGUGGAUAACACUAACAGACAUACUUUGUAAGUGCAUGUGCUUGCGCACACAACAUUAUGAGGUCAUUAUCCCUCUUUUACAUACAUUCUAGUAGUAGAUGUGACAUCAUUUCUCAAGGACUGUUGCAAAUAUAGCACUUUAGCCAGUAACAGUCUGUUGGUUAGUGAUUUUGCGUCCUCCAUCAGGAAGUGUUACUGAAUUUUCAUCAAUGCAAUAUAUGUACAAUUUUUCACGCCUGCGCAUUCAUUUACAGCAUCAAAGUGGAAAGUACAUCUUAGUUGACGAUAAGGAAAACAAGCAAGUGGUCUGUAUUCCGAACAAAUGGCUCCUGACCAACAAUCAUUACCUUUAUCGUGAUGAUAUCAGUGAGCACGAAAUUGUUGAGGGUGUUGAUGUUGACAUUCGAUUCGACGUGAGAAAAUGUGCCGUUAUGCAUCGUUGUGACGACUACAAUGUAGCCCAGGAAUUAAAAGUGUGUUUAGCAACAGUACUGGGCUACAAUACUAACAUCGCAACUAACGAUGAAACGCAGCCUUGUGACGCUAAGAAACCAAAAAGAACUGUCAAACGAAAGCUUAAUGAUUAUCUAUGCACCUCGGAAGAACUAGAGGUUGCUGAGGUUGAGGCUGGAUUUGCCCCGGUGGAAUUUCCAGUUGUCAACAUUUCAACAGGAACGUUUUCUCCGAUUGCGAGUUCAUCGAAAGCUAACCUUUCAUCACCACCAAUUCUACGUACGUCGACUGAAGGUGAUAAACCUUUGUGCGAUGAUACAAACAAACUGUUAAGAACGCUCCUGAAAUCGGUCAGUGAGCUGUCUACGAAAAUAGACAAAAUGCUAUUUUUGUAUGAACGCUUAGCCAUGGGUGUAACUCACGGGCGUACAGAGGAAAUGGAUAGUGAUGCAAUCACUUUCCCAUUACGAACGCAUGACGAGUUGCGUUCUUUAGAGACAGCUUUAGAGAACAAAAAUUCCGGGAUCAUUUCGUAAGUUGUAAUCGGUGUUUGAAGAAAUUUUAGAUGGGAAGAUUAUACCAUCUACUAUGUGAUGAUCUUCGUAAAUCAGCAAAAGCCUGUCUGAAAUACCUCCUUUCUCCGGAACUGGCAAACACGUACACCUUGCACGGAACCAGAAGAAAAUUCGGGAUUAGUAAAUACAAAUUUUACUCCACGGUUCAAAGUGCUUUGUGUUCACACUUCCGGAGUGCGACCUGUUCGGAAACGGAGAUCACGCACGCCAUGGCUACAGCAAGCCAGGCCUUCUUGCAUGACGCAAGAGAUAAAGUACAUAAACGUGGAUGGCGAUCCAAAGAAAGGGUGAGCUAAAACUACUUAAUUUGUUUGUUAUAAUACAUAUGUUAACUUUGUCACACAUUGUUCCUACACGUUCCCCUUCCUACUGUUUUGUAUAUUGUUUAAUACCACUUAAUAAAAUGAAGUAUUCAGUUGUAUUCCCAAUAACUGAAGUUCACUUUGGGGUUUUCCCCAAAAUUCACAGGAUGUUAAUUUUCAUUAUAUUUAUCACUAUAAUCACUGUACUUUAAUUACUGUAACAGCUUAUGACUUUGUGAUCAAUACUCAAAGUAAUAUAACUUGUCUCUUGUAUGUUUCCCUUUCAGCUGGCUUCGCAGGCUUUAUCAGACGUAACUAACAUUAUCAAUGACAUUUCUACGUCUACGUAAGGUGUUGCUGUUACAACGCAAUGAAAAACUUUGUACAAAUGAUUCAUUUGUAAUUUUAUUAACUGUAAUAAACAUUUAUAUAUUUCAUAAAUCAGUCUUUUGAUAAUCGCGACAAAUCGGUUAACAUUAGGUUUCAUUAGCAAUGCGCGAUUGACGAAAAGUAAUAAAACGUCGCAGUAAGAAAUGUACGUAAGCAUACUCCUAGGUCUUCCGUGAUGUCGAUAGGCUUUCGAGAAGCUUUUGCGUCAAAACAGUUUUCCAGGAAAACCCAAAGGUUUGGGGAAGCUUCCUCAAAAUGAUAUAACUAUCGUGUUCGUUCCCCUUUCACCCGGCUUCGCAGGCUUUAACAGACGUCACCAUAGUGUAUUUGUGCUUUUGUAUAUUGUUUUAUACUACUUACAAGAAUUCAGUAGUCAGUUGCAUUACCAAUAACUUCAGUUAACUUUGGGGAUUUCCCCAAAAUUUCCCCAAACUUACCCAAAAUUUUCCCCAAACUUACCCAAAAUUUCCCCAAACUUCCCCAGGUCAGGGGAAAUUUUGGGUUUUUUUUCUCAUUUCCCCAAAAUUUCCCCAAAAUUUAUUAUAGCGGCUUCCCCAAAAUCGACUCGAUUUUCCCCAAAGUUGGGAGC